AUGCAGCAUGGAAGUUCUGCUACCUCCGUGUCCUCCAACAUGGCGGCUCCUUCACCCGGUAGAUGUGGGUUCUUCGUGGAGAAAAAGAACCGUUUCUGUAAAAUGAUCGUCGGGAGAGGAAAAACGUUUUGUGGAGAACAUGCGACCAUGGAGGAGGGAAGCAGAAGUGGCAGCAGGAGGAUCAUCUGUCCUCUGGACCCCAAACACACUGUGAGUGAAGACAAACUGGACAAACACCUGAGGAAAUGUAACUCCAGAGAGAGAGACAAGCCUGUUUAUUAUGUGGAGAACAUAAAUGCUGGAUCAGCUGAUGGAGACAAGACUGUGCAGCAGGUGAGUCUGUGUGAGCGCAGCAGGACAGAGUUGGAGUCUCUGUUGGACAAACUGAGGACAGCGGUCAGAGGACUGCAGUGUGACCCGGAGGACAGCAUUCUGUCCCACCCUGUCCUCCAGGAGGAACUCAGCAACCCGAAAAACGGAGACUCCGCCCACAAACACCUGAAACAGCAGUCCUCUAUCUUAGGUCAUCUGGAGGAGCUGGGACUGUUGGCAGGGGGACGGUGCUUUGUGGAGUUCGGAGCGGGUCGAGGGAAACUGUCUCACUGGAUCCACGAAGCCCUGAAGACCCGCGACCACCUGAAGAUCUGUGAAGACCUGCAGUUGCUGCUGGUGGAGCGCUGCAGCACCCGCUUCAAGGUGGAUGGGAAACAUCAGGAGGGUGGAGUUCAGUUUGAGAGGCUGCAGGUCGACAUUCAACAUCUGGAUUUAAGUAAAGUCCCUCUGCUCAGACAGAAGAAGCUCCCGAUAGUCGGAGUCGGGAAACACCUGUGUGGAGCAGCUACAGAUCUGGCUCUGCGCUGUUUGUUGGAAACACCAGGACUGGACCGGGAGACUGAACCACCGGCAAAACGCCUCAAAACCUCAGAACUGGCUGCUGACCCUGGUCCAGACUCUGGCUCUCUCUCUGAUGAUCCAGGACCUCAACCAGGACCAGCCUCUGACCUUGUUCCUGGCUCUGGUGCUGUCCUCGGCCUGGCGGUGGCGCUGUGCUGUCACCAUCGCUGUGAGUGGCGUCACUACGUGGGUCAGCAGUUCUUCCUGCAGCGAGGACUCGGAGCUGCAGAGUUCUCAGCUUUCUGUCGAAUGUCCAGCUGGGCCACAUGUGGACUCAGACCAACCAAUCAGAACCAUCCAUCUCAGGAUCCAACCAAUCAGGGAAGAGACGAUGAAGUGCACGAAGCAGCAGAGGAGACGGACGCUGUGAACGGGUUUCUGGCGGCAGGUGAGCGGGAGCAUGUGGGUCGUCUCUGUAAACUUCUGAUCGACAGCGGCAGACUCCACUUCCUGUGGGCAAAAGGAUUCAAGAGCAAACUGACUCGAUACGUCGAUGCUCAGACGACUCUGGAGAACAUGUUACUGACCGCCGUGCCCUCCUCCUCCUCCUCCUCCUCCUCCUCCUGAUCAGUUAUUACUCAUCUGCACAACCAGAAAAACUGAACUGAUGAUGAGCUGCAGCUCGACUCAAAGAAACGAGUUUGUGUUUGUAAAAAAAAAGUAUUUUAUUGUGAAAAUCAU